UCCUGCCUUGACAACACUAGGCACCUGAUGUUAAAAUUAGCUCCUGUGUCAUUUUCUUUGCAUGAAAAGCUUAGCAUCAAUCUCCAUUACUUCUUCCUAACCCUAGUUACAUAGAGGUUAGCAGAGCACCGUGUUUCGAUCGACGGCGACUUCUUCAUCAGGUAUGUCACGUGCUAUGUGUAGGCUCUGUUUGGAUACAAAGGAUUGUGAUGCAGGAGAAAGUAGUCGAUAGAGCAACCUCUCAUCUCCGAAUAGUAUUUUGUACAUCUUGUUUAUAAAUUCUCCAGUCCCGAAAUAACAAUUUACAUGUCUUGUUUAUAAGUUCUCCGGUCCCUCUCCUUUGUUCCAUGAAUUUUGGAUUUGCUCUUCUUCUACCUGAUAUAUGAAUGGAUUUACAAAUUUGAUCGGAUUUUAUGGAUUUGUUUGAAGCAUGUAAAAAAGAUGCUGGCUGGGGAGGGAUUUGUUGACCUGCGCGCACGUUGCGAUCAUGGAGGUAAAUAAUUCGGGGGAUCGAUCGGACGUGGCGGCCACAUACGUGAUGGAUUGACGUUGAUCGAUGCGCUAUGUCUGGCCCGCAGAAGGACGACGGCGUCGGCGGCGCGCGCGGGCGGCCGGCGAUGGUGGAUGCCGGCGGGGCGCGGGAGAUGGACUCGCCGCGGUUCCGCGCGAUCCUGCGCGCCACGAGCGGUCGCCGGAAGCGCGCGCCCGACGUGAAGAGCUUCUCGCACGAGCUCAGCGCCGGCGCCGGCGUCCCGGCGAUGCGCAAGAUGGUGCGCGGCGGCGGGCUCGGCGGCGGCGGCGGCACUGGCACCGCCCCCGAGGAGUUCAUCGGCGCCAUCCGCACCAAGUUCAUCCGCCUCAAGCAGGAGGUGGACAGCGAGCUGGGCGUCUUCGCCGGGGACCUCGUCGGCGUGCUGGAGCGCGGCGACCUGCCGGAGGACCGCCGCCUCGCGCUCGAGGACCUCCUCGUGGCGGCGCAGCGGUGCGCCGAGAUGAGCCCCGAGGAGUUCUGGACCCGCUGCGAGGGCAUCGUGCAGGGCCUCGACGACCGCCGCCAGGAGCUCCCCGCCGGGUUCCCCAAGCAGGACCACACGCGGAUCCUCUUCAUCCUCACGCGCUGCACCCGGCUGCUGCAGUUCCGGAAGGAGGCCGCCGCCGCCGGCUGCCGCUACGCCGGCGACGAUGGCAGCUGCAGGCAGCACGUGCUCGGCCUGCAUCAGCUCAGCGACCUGGGGCUCUUCCCGUCCCGCGCCGAUGGCGGGGACCUCGGCCGGAACAGCACGUCCAGCCUCACCGAGCUCAAGGAGCGGCUCAUCCGGAGGCGGAUGCUCGAGCACAAGAACCUCACCGUCGACUUCUCCCCGGCGAGGAUCUUCUCGUCCGGGGACGGAGCCGCCGGCGCUGCUGAGCAAUCCCCCUCCGGAAAGAUGGCGUCGUGGAAGAAGCUCCCUUCCCCCGCCGAGAAGAACAGGAGUGCCGGCGCAGGCGGCGGCGACGACGCCGCUCCUUCCGCCGACGAGAAGAAGAAGCCGGUCAUCACCCGGCCGCAGGGCAAGCCGAGCGUGGACGAGAUCGUGGAGCGCGUGGACGCGGCGAGCAUCCACCCCGACGGGCUGUCGUGCCUGGCCGGCGGCGGUGGUGCGGCGGCGGUGAGCCUGGAGGUCCCGUCCCAGUUCCCGGCGGCGCAGCAGAUCAUCGUCGACGGCAAGCCGCGGAUGAUCUGCCGCAUCUGCGACUUCGAGAUCCCCAUGGCGUGCGCCGAGGGCCACCUCGUGGUGUGCACGCUCGCCGACCGCUGCGACGCCAAGGGCCACACCGCCGACCAGCGCCUGCUAAGGAUCGCCGACGUGCUCGGCCGCGUGCUCGCCUGCUUCACCGGCGGCGGCGGUCGAGCGAGCACGUCGUCGUCCGAGUCCUCCAACCCCGACCACGACGCGCUGUCCCACCUGCUGGCCGUGCCGUCCGCCGAGCUCUUCUCGGAGGGCGCGUUGUCGCCGGCGCCGGCGCCGACGCCGGGGAGCCUGCCGCACUCGCCGCUGCUGACGCCACGCACGAGCCACGCCGAGUCGCAGCUGGCCCGGCACUUCCACGCCGGCGUCGGCGAGAACUUCCAGCAGAUCGAGAGCCUCCUCGCCAUUGCCCGCAGCAUCGAGUGCAUCAAGAGCUCCGACUACAACUCCCUCGAGGACCUCAGCUCCUUCCUCGAGGACCUCAACGCCGUCAUCGACACCCGCAAGGUGGACGCCCUCGUCGUCGAGACGUUCGGCCGGAGGAUCGCCAAGCUCUUGCAGGAGAAGUUCAUGCAGCUGUGCGGGCAGAUCGACGACAUGAACGCCGGCGAGCAGCUGCACGCGAUCGACGAGGAGGGGCCGACGGAGAACAGCAGCGUGAGCUCGAGGACGAGCCAGGCGCUGAACGGGAACGCCGCCGCCACCAAGUUCAAGGACCGGACGUCGAUCGAGGACUUCGAGAUCAUCAAGCCCAUCAGCCGCGGCGCCUUCGGCCGCGUCUUCCUGGCCAGGAAGCGCGUCACCGGCGACCUCUUUGCCAUCAAGGUGCUCAAGAAGGCGGACAUGAUCCGGAAGAACGCCGUGGAGAGCAUCCUUGCCGAGCGCGACAUCCUCAUCUCCGCGAGGAACCCCUUCGUCGUCAGGUUCUUCUACUCCUUCACCUGCAGGGAGAACCUGUACCUCGUCAUGGAGUACCUCAAUGGCGGGGACCUCUACUCCCUCCUCAGGAACCUCGGAUGCCUCGACGAGGACAUGGCCAGGACGUACAUCGCCGAGCUUGUUCUUGCAUUGGAGUACCUGCAUUCCAUGAAUGUGAUCCACCGUGACCUGAAGCCUGACAACCUGUUGAUCGGUCGUGAUGGCCACAUAAAGCUGACCGAUUUCGGGCUAUCAAAAGUUGGCCUGAUCAACAGCACGGACGACCUGUCAGGACCAGACGUGAGCAGCGUCCUCGUCGGCGACCAUCAGCCGGCGGACGCGGAGCAGCGCGCGCAGCAGAGGCAGCAGCGGCAGAGGCAGACGGCCGUGGGCACGCCGGACUACCUGGCGCCGGAGAUCCUGCUGGGCAUGGCCCACGGUCCGACUGCAGAUUGGUGGUCAGUUGGUAUCAUCCUCUUUGAGCUGCUUGUUGGGAUUCCGCCUUUCAAUGCCGAGCACCCUCAGAUAAUAUUCGACAACAUAAUGAAUCGAGAAAUACCUUGGCCUCAUGUACCGGAGGAACUGAGUUUUGAAGCGUAUGAUUUGAUUGACAAGUUGCUUAUGGAAAAUCCAGUACAAAGAUUAGGCGCCACCGGUGCUGGAGAGGUAAAGGCUCAUCCGUUCUUCAAAGAUAUCAACUGGGACAUGCUUGCCAGGCAAAAGGUUGCAUUCAUCCCUUCUACAGAUGAUGAGUACGACACGAGCUACUUCGCCUGCCGCCACGCCUGGGGCACCGCCGACGAGCAUGUCAAUGCUCCCUGUAAUGAGUAUGACGACAGGAGCGAUACCAGCAGCAUGAGCUGCUGCAGCAGCCCACACAGCUGUGACUACGAGGAAGAUGGUGAUGAAUGUGGCAGUAUGGAAGAAUUUGGCGCGCCAUUGUCGGUGAAGUAUUCUUUCAGCAAUUUCUCAUUCAAGAACAUCUCACAGUUAGCGUCAAUGAACUACGAUCUGAUAACAAAGCACAAUGAGGACCCUUUACAGUCUUCGAAAUCAUGAGAGCACGGAUUCACUAGAGCAGCAUAUCCCCCAGAAGCCACAAGUUCUGUUAGUCAGGUACUGUACCUCUUCGCUAAGGUUCUGAUCGAUGAUGUUGUGUAGCAAUGAACCUGCACAUUUCAUCUGGAACUUGCUCAGCCCAGUUAGUGAGCAGACUAGCAUACAUUUACAUGGUGAAAUGCAUGCUUUGUUUCAAGAAAGAAAAUACAAAUGCAUGCUGAAUGACCAAGAAGAAGUAGUGGUGAGAUGAAGCACAGUGCUAGUCACUGAGGCCAAGAAGAUAGGACGGUAUCAUUCACUGUUCCAAUCUCUGGCAAAUGGUUGUAGAUUGAUAUCCUUUUAUUUGUAGAGAGAUACCACACUAGAUAGAACUUGUGAUAGUCAGUGUUGAAGUGAAAAGUUCAUGUACAAAAGUAACCUGACAUGUGAUAGCAAUUGAGAGGUUCUAUCAGGUUGCAGCUUCA